AUGAUUAUUACAAUAAGUCCUUCCAUAUUAUCAAUUGCGGCGUCUGGUGGUAGGGCAACUCAUAAAAUUAGAAAUAAUGGUGUAUCACGUUUAGCUUUUAAAAUAAAAACAUCAAACAAUCAACAUUAUAAAGUACGACCAGUUUAUGGAUUUAUAGAACCAAAUGCUGAAUUACCAAUGGAAAUUGUUCGAUCUGAAGCUACUCCUAAGGAAGAUAGGCUUGUACUACAAUUUGCUGAAAUACCACCAGAAGAGACGAAUCCACAGGCUCCCUUUCAGGCUGCAGCUAUACAGGGAGAAGUUAUAAUGGUUUUAUCUGCUGUUUAA